CAGAGCCACAGCAGAAGCAGAGCCCCAGCAGCGUCCAGAGUCGUCAGAGUCUAGAAUCAGCCGAGAACAGCAGUCACCAGCGAAGAAAAGCUAAAAAAUAUAACCAUACCAUAGCUAAAAAAGCGAAAAUUGCUAAACUGUUUAAUGUGGAAUUGUUGCGAGCACUCGCCGGAGCUCGAACUUGUGGCAAUCAAUCAAUUAGGUGCAACGGGGUGGCGCCGCCACGCUGGUCUCGACAGCGCCAUCAUCAGGAACAGCAGCAGCAGCAGCAGCAGCAGCAGCAGCGGCGGCGACAGCAUAAGCAGCAGAGAGUGUGACAGCAGUUCAGCAGUUAAAAAUCAAUAUCCGUCUAAAGUUUAUUUCGGUUUCGGGCAACUCUGAAACUUAAAGUUGUCAACGAGCCAGCAGAAAUAUUCUCAACCAACAAACAAUACUUAAAUUAAUUAUAGUUUUUGCCAAUUGCUUUAUGCCAAUCGCGUCCGCUUUGAGUGCUGAAAAUAUAACAAUAUAGUAAUCCAGAUAAAGUGUCCAGAAGUCCAUUUUUGUGCAUAGAUAUUAAAAUAGAAUAUAUUAAAAACCCAAGAGACAGAGAGAGAAUAAAAGCUUUAAAACCAGAACGAGACAGCAAAUAGCAACUGGUUCCAUCCAAAGGAAAUGUGAAGAUUAAACCAUAAUAAUACCGAGCAAAACUGAAGUGAAAAUACCAAAUAUCCAGCAAAAAUACUACUGGUAUACCAGAUAAAGCAAAAGAUCCGACGAUAGAUGGAAAUAGUGUCGCCGUGCAAACGCGGAGAGAGCUAAAAGCGAACAGUCCAAUUGAGAAUUACUAUAGCCCAAGAGCUAUAGCCGAGAGAAGAAACGAGAUCGGCUCGGAUCGCUCCUUGAUUCAUUUCAGACAAAAACGAGAGAAAAGCCCCAAAGUGAGAAAAACCAAAAAUCGAAUUUUCAUGUUUCAAACACAAAACCAAAAUUAUUAUUGAUAAACUAUUACGAAUAAAAGCAAAAAGAAAAACCAAAGGUAAAGUAAAAAUUGCUAAAAUUAAAAACAAAAGCUACUCCAAAAUCUUCACUAAAUAUACGAUAUAUAUAUAUGUACGAUACAUAUAUAUACGAUAUAUUGUAUAUCUUGUACGUAUAAUAUAUAUAUGCAUAUGUUUAAAUAAUAAAAUAUACUUCAGAGAACACGCCAAUUGCCGCAAAAAACAAACAAACCAACAAAAACUUACUCCAAAAGAAAAAGCAAAGAAAAAAAUUAAUAAAAACCAAAGAGAUUUUCAUUCAACAAAAACACUGACCACAGCUUCAAGAAGUGUGCACAAUAAUAGCAACAAAAGAAAAAUACAAGAAAAACUAAAAGACUAGCCAAAACCAAUUCCAGAGAUAUUAACAAAAAAAAAAAAAAAAAAAAAAAACAAAAACCAAAUCAAACGACACGAAACGAAAACCAAUUAAGCGAACAAUUCUCUAGUUUUCUCGGAGGAAAAAGCAAAGGAAAGACUGCGCCAAAAGUCACGGCCAGCAAACAACUAAAAGUACAACAACAAAAAACGAAAACACAAACAAAACCAAAACCAAAACCAAAAGGAAGGAGAAAGAAGAGAAGCAGCAGCAGCAGCAGAAGAGCAACAACCAUCCGGCAGAAGCUGAAGCAGAAGCAGAAGCAGAAGCAGAAGACAGCGUCACGCACCAAAACUCGCCCCUCAGUUGCAGUCGCAGUCGCAGUCCGCAGCGAACGGUUUUCCGCAAUAUUUCCAAGAAAUUUUGCGAGUGUUUAAUAAAGACAGAGACAGAGCCAACAUCUAGAGAGCGAGAAGUGGAAGUGCCAGUGCGAUAGGGGAAGAGUGCGAGGGAGCACACAAUAUUGUUAAUCGGUUAACCAUUGUAUUUUUUUCCAAGUGUAACAAGUUUUUUUUGCCUGUGUGACAAACAAAAAAGCAAAAAGACAAAUCCAGCAACCAAUAACCAACAACAUCUGUGAUGGGAGAUCAGCCAAAGGCGACAACAACAACCACCAGUGGGGGGGCGGCUGCAGGAGGAUCAGCAGCGGGAUCAGUAGCGACUGAGGGCGACACCGUUAUGGCCGCCGCGACCCAAGAAGCCGUGGGCAGUGCCAUUGCCAUGGCCAAUGGAAACGGCAACGCCAACGCCAACGGACCGGAGCAUCCACCGCCGGAGUCGCAGGAGCCAGGUGGUGUCGAGGGACAAGUGGACAACGAGGUCGGUGGUGGCACUGAUGUCGGCGACGAUGCGGCCACCGAUGCCGGGGCAAGCUCUCUGCCACCGUCGGAGAUCGGUGGUCGGGCACCGCUGGAUACUGCCGGCUCGGACGGCGGCGGUGUGGCCUCCAGCCUGGCCGGUGGCAUGGUUGGUCCGCCCAGCCCCCUGACCGGAUGCUAUCUGCUGAUCGUGCUCGGGGAGCCGCAUUCCGAGGAGCACAAGGACAACAUCUUGCAGCAUCUGUUGAAGGGAUUCCUCUCCUGGGACGUAUCUGACUGCCACGUCGACUUGGAGGAGGAGCUCAAUACAAUAACACAACACGCGCCCGAGGGCGAGGAGGCCCGUCACGGUGAACGUCUUAUACAGUAUGCCAGCGAGAAUCUGGUGACAGAGGUGCUCAUCCAUCCGCAGUACAAUACGCUGAUCCAGUGCAUGCGCAAUCUGCUCAGCAGCUUUACCCGCCAUCGGCACAUCAUCCACGCCGGCUACACUUUCAGCGGCAAUGGUUCCUGGAUACUGCAGGAUGGAACCUUCUCGGUGGCCGACUUUGCGGAGGCGUUUCAGGAGCACGACGUACAAAGGGUGAUUCGCGCCUACGCGGACACCAUCACCAUGAACAUCCAUUGCGCGGAUGCGGGCCUGUGGCACACGCUGCCGGAGAAAUCAUUCGCGCGUCAAUGUAAAAUCCGCAUCAAUCCCGUGGAUGUGCUGGACACCAGCAGUGAGUGCAUCAAUGGGUUCUUGGAUUACCUAGCGCCCAUGGUGAUGCCCACGUCUCUGCGGGAGCUGCUCGAGACAUCAGAUGUGGUGGGAAACAUUCGCUUUACGCAUCCAACGCUCUAUGUGUUCCCCGGCGGUCAGGGCGAUGCGGCUCUCUUUGGGAUCAACGGCUUUAAUAUGCUGGUGGAUGGCGGCUUCAAUCGUAAGGCAUGCUUUUGGGAUUUUGCCCGCCACCUGGACCGACUGGACGCUGUGCUUAUGACGCGCCUGAACAACAGCAAUGUGCAGGGCCUUGGGGCAGUGGUCUCCCGCAAACGGGACUCGCACGUCUACCCCCAGAUCGGCCACUUCUUCGGCAAUGUACCUGACCGCAAGGGACUGCCUAGUCCCGAUGGUGACAAGGAUCGCAAUCCGUUGCUGAUCGACCUGUUCGAGCGGGGCCAUGGCAUCGUGAGUGACCUGAAGUCGCUAGAUCUGAAGCCGCAGAGCUGCUACCGCAACCAGGAGCCGAUCAACCUGUAUCACAAGGUGGGCCACGGCACACUGGACAUGUACGUGAUCAGUCCGGCCCGUGACUCCAAGGAGGUGAAGGAGUUCAUGCAGAAGUGGAAUGCCGGCGAUCAGCGAUUGUUCGCCGCCCGCGAUUCCAAGGACUUUAACUUCCCGCUUCAAAAUCUCGUCUCCAUUUGCGCCCUGCUCGUGUGGCAGCCCGCCAACCCGGACGACACCAUCACUCGCAUCCUGUUCCCCGGCAGUACGCCCGACUUCAAGAUCCAAGAAGGCCUCGAGAAGCUCAAGCAUCUCGAGUUCAUGAAGCACUCCACGUGCACGGCCAAGUCCAUUGCUCCGGCCAUACAGACAGUCGCCAGCACUCGCAAGAGCCUCAAGUCUGCCAUCGAGGCUACGCCAGCGCCACCCAGCGCCAGCUAUAAGCCUAUUUCCAAGUUUGGACCAGUCGCCAGUGCCGCCGUUGCCGUCCAGCACCACCAGCCGCAGCACCAGCAGCAGGACAACAAGGCCAAGGAGGAGGCUGCCAAGGCAGCAGCUGCAGCUGCAGCUGCAGCGGCGGCUGCUUCUGCCACUGCUGCUGCCUCGAUAGUCCGCACCAAGGCAGACUCCAUGGACACGGAUGUGGAGCCGGAGGUGGAACCAGGAGCAGACACUGGAGAUGAGGCAGCGCCUGCAGAGUCCGAGCCAGCCGAUGCCGAGGCCGAUGCGGAGCCCGAACAGGAGACCGGGGAGCAGGAGAAGCCCGAGCUGGACAACAAGGAUGAGGAAAAGAAAGUGGAGACGCCAGCAGCAGCACCGUCCAAGGAUGCCGUCGAUGCCGUGGCCGUGGAGGGGGUAACGGCAAGUCCUGCAGAUGCCACAUCUACCAGCAAGCAAGCAACAGGAAAGGCAGCUAAGGGCAAACCGGACAAACCACGCGCCGAAGUAAAGCCCGUGGUGCGCUCCAGGAUCGACACGAAGCCACCCAAGUCCAUGGACCGGAAGCUGGUGAAGCGCGAGGAGAAGAAGAGUUCACCCACGGCCACGCCCGCGUACCGUGCGAACGCCUCGCGUGAUGGCAAGUACAAGGCGAUGGCCCGCCCGGCCACUAAGUCUAGCCCCAGUAGCACCCCGGCCAAGAGCGCCAAGGAGGCCAAUAAUCGCAAGGUGCUGGAGUCCAAACAGCAGGCAGCAGCGGCGGCCGCCGGACGUCAGACAACCAUCAGUGCCACCACGCGGCGAGCCACCAGCAGCAGCACCACCACUGCCACAGCCACCGCUACCACUGAGAGGAAGACGCAGCAGAGUCAAGCAGAUUCCAAGGCGACGGCGCAAGCUUCGGCUCAACGGAAGCCAAUCUCGAGGCGACCCCGUGGGGUGUCUCCCUCGAAGCGGGCACCUGCACCAGGCAGUCCCAUCAAGCAGGCCAAGCCGAAAGCAGCGGACCUGAAAAAGGCGCGUCUUGACAAAGGUGGCACCACGGAUUCGAGUCUCGUAUCGACGCCAUCGGCCGACGAUGCGACAGCUGCCAAGAAGCUGCAAGAGCUGUCCGCCUCCCAGGAGCUCGAUGCAGAGAAGCAGCGCGAGCUGGAUGACCUUAAGGAGGAGCAGGAGGUGGUGCGCGAGAUCGAGGCGGUUUUCAGCCGGGACGAGAUGAAGCGCCAGCAGCUAAUCAAGGCCGAGCUGCGGGAAAUGGCCAAGCAGGACAGCACUACUGAGGCCGAAGAGGAGGAGGAGUACCUGAUCAUCGAGAAGGAAGAGGUGGAGCAGUACACUGAGGACUCGAUCAUCGAGCAAGAGAGCAGCAUUACAAAGGAGGAGGAGAUCCAGAAACAUCAGCGCGACUCCCAAGAGUCCGAGAAGAAGCGCAAGAAGAGCGCGGAGGAGGAGAUCGAGGCCGCCAUUGCGAAGGUGGAAGCCGCCGAACGCAAGGCCCGGCUGGAAGGCAGUGGUGCCGCCGCAGUCGUAUCAGGCAGACACGAGGAUCUGACCACAGAGGGGGAGAUCAAGGCCGAGCUGCAGGAGAUUAUCGCCUCGGCCAAGGACAUUGUCAAGUCGCGUACCGAGGAGCAACUGGCGAAGCCCGAGGAGGAGCUAUCCUCGCCAACACCCGAGGAAAAAAUCAGCAAAAAGACUUCGGACACCAAGGACGAACCCUUGGAGGCGCCCGAAGCCCUGCCAAUUAACCUGCAGGAAAGUCUUCCAGAGGAGAAGUUCUCCGCCACCAUCGAGUCAGGUGCAACCACAGCCCCUACUCUACCCGAGGACGAGCGCAUUCCGCUGGACCAGAUAAAGGAGGACCUGGUCAUCGAGGAGAAGUACGUUAAAGAGGAAACCAAAGAAGUGGAAGCAAUCGUUGUGGCCAGAGUAAUAUUGCCCGAUACAGCUCCAGGCACAGCUGCCUCGACCGCUGCAAUCGCCGCCGCGGUGGCGCCCAAGGAUGCGAAAAACAUAGUCCAGGCUGCCGAGCUUCCCGAAUCGGGAGAACGAGUUCUGCCCAUGAAGAUGACCUUUGAAGCGCAACAGAACCUAAUGAGGGAUGUAAUCAAGACACCCGAUGAGGUUGCCGACCUGCCCGUCCAUGAGGAGGCCGAUCUGGGCCUGUACGAGAAGGACAGCCAGGAUAUAGGCGCCAAAAGCAUUUCGCACAAGGAGGAGUCCGCCAAGGAAGAAAAGGAAACCGACGACGAAAAAGAAACCAAGGAGUCUGAAGUCGAGGUUGAAGAUUUACAGGAAGCUAACAAAGAUGUAGGGGCUCCCCAAGAAGCAGUCAAGCCCACAACCCCAACAGCAGCCGUCGUGGAGAAACAAGCGGAGGAAAUUACCCAUAAGGAGGUGGAGGAGAAAGUAGAUACAGUGGUGGUCACAGCCCUAGAGAGCCAAGAGCACGAAACGAAUUUAGAGACAACGAUCAUCACUGAGAAAGAGGCUAAGAAGUCAGCGAGCACCCCAGAAGAAAAGGAAACCAGUGACAUUACUUCCGAAGACGAGCUCCCUGCUCAUAUGACUGGACCUGCAACCGCACCAUCGCCAAAGGCCAAGGACCGCGAGGACACUAUCUCCAUGGAGAGUCCUGCCACCAUUGAAGAAGCGGUUGAAGUGGAAGUAAAGCUCGAGAAGCAGCAAGAAGAACCACGUCUUUCCAAAAAAGAACCGGGGGAAGCUGAUGCUUCAAAACAGGAACAAGAACCAUCUCGCAGGGGGAGCGUAACGGAUAUGAAGUCUUCAAUUACAUCUAAGGAAGCCUCCCGGCCAGUUUCUGCGGCAGCAAGUAUCAAAGACGAAGCCGAAAAUCUCGCAAGCCAUCGUGAAUCGAUCGCAGAAAGCUUAAAGGCAGGAAGCAAGGAAGCUUCUCGACCAGAAUCUGUGGCAGAGAGCGUCAAAGAUGAAACUGAAAAGCCAGGAAGCCGUCGAGAAUCGGUUGCGGAAAGCGUGAAAGCAGGAAGCGCAGGGGACGAAAAGUCUCCACCUGCCUCAAAGGAAACUUCUCGACCAGAAUCGGUCGUGAAAAGCGUCAAAGAUGAAGCCGAGAAGACAGAAAGCCGGCGUGAGUCGGUUGCAGAAAGCGCCAAGGACGAAAAGUCUCCACUUGCAUCAAAGGAAGCUUCUCGACCAGAAUCCGUAGCAGAGAGCAUCAAAGAUGAAAUCAAGAAGCCAGAAAGCCGGCGUGAGUCGGUUGCAGAGAGCGUGAAGGCAGAAAGCGCCAAGGACGAAAAAUCUCCACUUGCCUCAAAGGAAGCUUCUCGACCAGAAUCCGUAGCAGAAAGCGUCAAAGAUGAAAUCAAGAAGACAGAAAGCGGGCGUGAAUCUGUUGAAGACGGUGUGAAGGCAGGAAGUGAAAAGGACAAAAAGUCUCCACUUGCCUCAAAGGAAGCUUCUCGUCCAGAGUCGGUCGUGGAAAGCGUGAAAGAUGAAGCCGAGAAGCCAGAAAGCCGGCGUGAGUCGGUUGCAGAGAGCGUGAAGGCAGAAAGCGCUAAGGACGAAAAAUCUCCACUUGCCUCAAAGGAAGCUUCUCGACCAGAAUCCGUAGCAGAGAGCGUCAAAGAUGAAAUCAAGAAGCCAGAAAGCCGUCGUGAAUCUGUUGCAUACAGUGUAAAGGCAGGAAGUGAAAAGGACGAAAAGUCUCCACUUGCCUCAAAGGAAGCUUCUCGUCCAGAGUCGGUCGUGGAAAGCGUCAAAGAUGAAACCGAGAAGCCAGGAAGCCGACGUGAGUCGGUUGCAGAGAGCGUGAAGGCAGAAAACGCCAAGGACGAAAAAUCUCCACUUGCCUCCAUGGAAGCUUCUCGACCAGAAUCCGUGGCAGAGAGCGUCAAAGAUGAAAUCGAGAAACCAGAAAGCCGUCGUGAAUCUGUUGCAGACAGUGUGAAGGCAGGAAGUGAAAAGGACGAAAAGUCUCAACUUGCCUCAAAGGAAGCUUCUCGACCAGAAUCCGUAGCAGAGAGCGUCAAAGAUGAAACUGAGAAGCCAGAAAGCAGGCGUCAGUCGGUUGCAGAGAGCGUGAAGGCAGCAAGCGCCAAGGACGAAAAAUCUCCACUUGCCUCCAAGGAAGCUUCUCGGCCAGAAUCCGUGGCAGAGAGCGUCAAAGAUGAAACUGAGAAGCCAGGAAGCCGUCGAGAGUCAGUUGCGGAAAGCGUAAAAGCAGGAAGUGGAAAUGACGAGAAGUCUCCACUUGCCUCAAAGGAAGCUUCUCGACCAGAAUCCAUAGCAGAGAGCGUCAAAGAUGAAAUCAAGAAGCCAGAAAGCAGGCGUGAGUCGGUUGCAGAGAGCGUGAAGGCAGCAGGCGCCAAGGACGAAACAUCUCCACUUUCCUCCAAGGAAGCUUCUCGACCAGAAUCCGUUGCAGAGAGCGUCACAGAUGAAAUCGAGAAACCAGAAAACCGUCGUGAAUCUGUUGCAGACAGUGUAAAGGCAGGAAGCGAAAAGGACGAAAAGUCUCCACUUGCCUCAAAGGAAGCUUCUCGUCCACAGUCGGUCGUGGAAAGCGUCAAAGAUGAAACCGAGAAGCCAGGAAGCCGUCGAGAGUCAGUUGCGGAAAGCGUAAAAGCAGGAAGUGGAAAUGACGAGAAAUCUCCACUUGCCUCAAAGGAAGCUUCUCGACCAGAAUCGGUCGUGGAAAGCGUCAAAGAUGAAGCCGAGAAGCCAGAAAGUCGGCGUGAGUCGGUUGCAGAGAGCGUGAAGGCAGCAAGCGCCAAGGACGAAAAAUAUCCACUUGCCCCCAAGGAAGCUUCUCGACCAGAAUCCGUGGCAGAGAGCGUCAACGAUGAAACCGAGAAACCAGAAAGCCGUCGUGAAUCUGUUCCAGACAGUGUAAAGGCAGGAAGUGCCAAGGACGAGAAGUCUCCACUUGCCUCAAAGGAAGCUUCUCGACCAGAAUCGGUCGUGGAAAGCGUCAAAGAUGAAGCCGAGAGGCCAGAAAGCCGGCGUGAGUCGGUUGCAGAGAGCGUUAAGGCAGAAAGCGCCAAGGACAAAAUAUCUCCACUUGCCUCAAAGGAAGCUUCUCGACCAGAAUCCGUGGCAGAGAGCGUCAACGAUGAAACCGAGAAACCAGAAAGCCGUCGUGAAUCUGUUGCAGACAGUGUAAAGGCAGGAAGUGCCAAGGACGAGAAGUCUCCACUUGCCUCAAAGGAAGCUUCUCGACCAGAAUCGGUCGUGGAAAGCGUCAAAGAUGAAGCCGAGAAGCCAGAAAGUCGGCGUGAGUCGGUUGCAGAGAGCGUGAAGGCAGCAAGCGCCAAGGACGAAAAAUAUCCACUUGCCCCCAAGGAAGCUUCUCGACCAGAAUCCGUGGCAGAGAGCGUCAACGAUGAAACCGAGAAACCAGAAAGCCGUCGUGAAUCUGUUGCAGACAGUGUAAAGGCAGGAAGUGCCAAGGACGAGAAGUCUCCACUUGCCUCAAAGGAAGCUUCUCGACCAGAAUCGGUCGUGGAAAGCGUCAAAGAUGAAGCCGAGAGGCCAGAAAGCCGGCGUGAGUCGGUUGCAGAGAGCGUUAAGGCAGAAAGCGCCAAGGACAAAAAAUCUCCACUUGCCUCAAAGGAAGCUUCUCGACCAGAAUCCGUGGCAGAGAGCGUCAACGAUGAAACCGAGAAACCAGAAAGCCGUCGUGAAUCUGUUGCAGACAGUGUAAAGGCAGGAAGUGCCAAGGACGAGAAGUCUCCACUUGCCUCAAAGGAAGCUUCUCGACCAGAAUCGGUCGUGGAAAGCGUCAAAGAUGAAGCCGAGAGGCCAGAAAGCCGGCGUGAGUCGGUUGCAGAGAGCGUUAAGGCAGAAAGCGCCAAGGACAAAAAAUCUCCACUUGCCUCCAAGGAAGCUUCUCGACCAGAAUCUGUGGCAGAGAGCGUCAAAGAUGAAACGGAGAAGGCAGGAAGCCGUCGAGAGUCGGUUGCGGAAAGCGUAAAAGCAGGAAGCGCAAGUGACGAAAAGUCUCCACUUGCUUCAAAGGAAGCUUCUCGACCAGAAUCUGUGGCAGAGAGCGUCAAAGAUGAAACCGAGAAACCAGAAAGCCGUCGUGAAUCUGUUGCAGACAGUGUAAAGGCAGGAAGUGCCAAGGACGAGAAGUCUCCACUUGCCUCAAAGGAAGCUUCUCGACCAGAAUCGGUCGUGGAAAGCGUCAAAGAUGAAGCCGAGAGGCCAGAAAGCCGGCGUGAGUCGGUUGCAGAGAGCGUUAAGGCAGAAAGCGCCAAGGACAAAAAAUCUCCACUUGCCUCAAAGGAAGCUUCUCGACCAGAAUCCGUGGCAGAGAGCGUCAAAGAUGAAACCGAGAAACCAGAAAUCCGUCGUGAAUCUAUCGCAGAGAGCGCAAAAGUAGGAAGUGCCAAGGACGAAGUGGCUCCACUUGCCUCCAAGGAAGCUUCUCGACCAGAAUCUGUGGCAGAGAGCGUCAAAGAUGAAACGGAGAAGGCAGGAAGCCGUCGCGAGUCGGUUGCGGAAAGCGUAAAAGCAGGAAGCGCAAGUGACGAAAAGUCUCCACUUGCUUCAAAGGAACCUUCUCGACCAGAAUCUGUGGCAGAGAGCGUCAAAGAUGAAACCGAGAAACCAGAAAGCCGUCGUGAAUCUGUUGCAGACAGUGUAAAGGCAGGAAGUGCCAAGGACGAGAAGUCUCCACUUGCCUCAAAGGAAGCUUCUCGACCAGAAUCUGUGGCAGAGAGCGUCAAAGAUGAAGCCGAGAGGCCAGAAAGCCGGCGUGAGUCGGUUGUAGAGAGCGUGAAGGCAGAAAGCGCCAAGGACAAAAAAUCUCCACUUGCCUCCAAGGAAGCUUCUCGACCAGAAUCUGUGGCAGAGAGCGUCAAAGAUGAAACCGAGAAACCAGUAAGCCGUCGUGAAUCUAUCGCAGAGAGCGUAAAAGUAGGAAGCGCCAAGGACGAGAAGUCUCCACUUGCCUCAAAGGAAGCUUCUCGACCAGAAUCCGUGGCAGAGAGCGUCAAAGAUGAAAUUGAAAAGCCAGGUAGUCGUCCAGAGUCGGUUGCGGAAAGCGAAAAAGCAGGAAGUACAAGGGACGCAAAGUCUCCGCUUGCCUCCAAGGAAGCUUCUCGACCAGAAUCCGUAGCAGAGAGCGUCAAAGAUGAAACCGAGAAACCAGAAAGUCGUCGUGAAUCUAUCGCAGAGAGCGUAAAAGAAGGAAGUUUUAAGGACGAAAAGUCUGCACUUGCCUCAAAGGAAGCUUCUCGACCAGUAUCCGUGGCAGAGAGCGUCAAAGAUGUAACUGAGAAGCCGGAAAGCCGGCGUGAGUCGGUUGCAGACAGUGUUAAAGCAGGAAGUGUCAAGGACGAAAAGUCUCCACUUGCCUCAAAGGAAGCCUCCCGACCAGAAUCCGUAGCAGAAAGCGUCAAAGAUGAAGCCGAAAAAACCGAAAGCCGACGCGAAUCUGUCGCAGAGAGCGAAAAAGUAGGAAGCGCCAAGGACGGGAAGUCUCCACUUUCCUCAAAGGAAGCUUCUCGACCAGAAUCGGUCAAGGACGAAGCUAACAAGCUAGAGAGCCGUCGUGAAUCAGUUGCAGAGAGUGUGAAACUAGGAAGGACCAAAGACGAGAAGUCUCCAAAUGCCUCAAAGGAAGCUUCUCGGCCAGAAUCCGUAGCAGAGAGCGUCAAAGAUGUAACUGAGAAGCCAGAAAGCCGGCGUGAGUCGGUUGCAGACAGUGUUAAAGCAGGAAGUGCCACCGACGAGAAGUCCCCACUUGCCUCGAAGGAAGCUUCUAGACCAGUAUCCGUGGCAGAGAGCGUCAAAGAUGAAGCGGAGAAAACCGAAAGCCGUCGUGAAUCUAUCGCCGAAAGCGUAAAAGCAGGAAGCGCCAAGGACGAGAAGUCUCCACUUGCCUCAAAGGAAACUUCUCGACCUGAAUCCGUAGCAAAGAGCGUCAAAGAUGAAGCGAAGAAAACAGAAAGCCGGCGUGAAUCUGUCGCAGAGAGCUUAAAGGCAGCAAGCGCAAAGGACGAGAAGUCUCCACUUUCCUCAAAGGAAGCUUCUCGGCCAGAAUCGGUCAAGGACGAAGCUGACAAGCCAGAGAGCCGUCGUGAAUCAGUUGCAGAGAGCGUGAAACUAGGAAGCACCAAGGACGAGAAGUCUCCACCUGCCUCAAUAGAAGCUUCUCGACCAGAAUCCGUAGCAGAGAGCGUCAAAGAUGAAUCCGAGAAACCAGAAAGUCGUCGUGAAUCUAUCGCAGAGAGCGUAAAAGAAGGAAGUUUUAAGGACGAAAAGUCUGCACUUGCCUCAAAGGAAGCUUCUCGACCAGUAUCCGUGGCAGAGAGCGUCAAAGAUGUUACUGAGAAGCCGGAAAGCCGGCGUGAGUCGGUUGCAGACAGUGUUAAAGCAGGAAGUGUCAAGGACGAAAAGUCUCCACUUGCCUCCAAGGAAGCUUCUCGACCAGAGUCCGUAGCAGAGAGCGUCAAAGAUGAAACCGAGAAACCAGAAAGUCGUCGUGAAUCUAUCGCAGAGAGCGUAAAAGAAGGAAGUUUUAAGGACGAAAAGUCUGCACUUGCCUCAAAGGAAGCUUCUCGACCAGUAUCCGUGGCAGAGAGCGUCAAAGAUGUAACUGAGAAGCCGGAAAGCCGGCGUGAGUCGGUUGCAGACAGUGUUAAAGCAGGAAGUGUCAAGGACGAAAAGUCUCCACUUGCCUCAAAGGAAGCCUCCCGACCAGAAUCCGUAGCAGAAAGCGUCAAAGAUGAAGCCGAAAAAACCGAAAGCCGACGUGAAUCUAUAGCCGAAAGCGUAAAAGCAGGAAAUGCCAAGGACGAGAAGUCUCCACUUGCCUCAAAGGAAGCUUCUCGACCAGAAUCCGUGGCAGAGAGCGUCAAAGAUGAAAUUGAAAAGCCAGGUAGUCGUCCAGAGUCGGUUGCGGAAAGCGAAAAAGCAGGAAGUACAAGGGACGCAAAGUCUCCGCUUGCCUCCAAGGAAGCUUCUCGACCAGAAUCCGUAGCAGAGAGCGUCAAAGAUGAAACCGAGAAAAAAGAAAGCCGUCGUGAAUCUGUCGCAGAGAGCGAAAAAGUAGGAAGCGCCAAGGACGGGAAGUCUCCACUUGCCUCAAAGGAGUCUUCUCAACCAGAAUCUGUUGUGGAGAGCGCUAAAGAUGAAGCUGCAAAAGCAGAAAGCCGUCGUGAGUCAGUUGCAGAGGGCGUGAAGGCAGAAAGUGCCAAGGACGAAAAGUCUCCAGCUGCCUCCAAGGAAGCUUCUCGACCAGAAUCGGUUGUAGAAAGAGUCAAGGAUGAAACUGAGAAGCCAGACAGCCGUUGUGAAUCUGUUGCAGAGAGCUUAAAGGAAGGAAGCGCCAAGGAUGAGAAGUCUCCACUUGCCUCAAAGGAACCUUCUCGACCAGAAUCGGUUGUGGAAAGCGUCAAAGCUGAAAGUGAGCAGCCAGAAAGCCGGCGUGAGUCGGUUGCAGACAGUGUGAAAACAGGAAGUGCCAAGGACGAAAAGUCUCCACUUGCCUCAACGGAAGCUUCUCGACCAGUAUCCGUGGCAGAGAGCGUCAAAGAUGAAGCCGAAAAAACCGAAAGCCGACGUGAAUCUAUAGCCGAAAGCGUAAAAGCAGGAAGUGCCAAGGACGAGAAGUCUCCACUUGCCUCAAAGGAAGCUUCUCGACCAGAAUCGGUUGUAGAAAGCGUCAAGGAUGAAACUGAGAAGCCAGACAGCCGUCGUGAAUCUGCUGCAGAGAGUUUAAAGGAAGGAAUCGCCAAGGACGAGAAGUCUCUACUUGCCUCAAAGGAAGCUUCUCGACCAGAAUCGGUUGUGGAAAGUGUCAAAGAUGAAACUGAGAAGCCAGAAAGCCGGCGUGAGUCGGUUGCAGACAGUGUGAAGGCAGGAAGUGCCAAGGAUGAAAAGUCUCCACUUGCCUCAAAGGAAGCUUCUCGACCAGUAUCCGUGGCAGAGAGCGUCAAAGAUGAAGCCGAAAAAACCGAAAGCCGACGUGAAUCUAUCGCCGAAAGCGUAAAAGCAGGAAGUGCCAAGGACGAGAAGUCUCCACUUACCUCAAAGGAAUUUUCUCGACCAGAAUCGGUUGUAGAAAGCGUCAAGGAUGAAACUGAGAAGCCAGACAGCCGUCGUGAAUCUGCUGCAGAGAGUUUAAAGGAAGGAUUCGCCAAGGACAAGAUGUCUCCACUUGCCUCAAAGGAAGCUUCUCGACCAGAAUCGGUUGUGGAAAGUGUCAAAGAUGAAACUGAGAAGCCAGAAAGCCGGCGUGAGUCGGUUGCAGACAGUGUGAAGGCAGGAAGUGCCAAGGACGAAAAGUCUCCACUUGCCUCAAAGGAAGCUUCUCGACCAGUAUCCGUGGCAGAGAGCGUCAAAGAUGAAGCCGACAAAACCGAAAGCCGACGUGAAUCUAUCGCCGAAAGCGUAAAAGCAGGAAGCGCCAAGGACGAGAGGUCUCCACUUGCCUCAAAGGAAGCUUCUCGACCAGAAUCGGUUGUGGAAAGCGUCAAGGAUGAAACUGAGAAGCCAAAAAGCCGUCGUGAAUCUAUCGCAGAGAGCGUAAAAGAAGGAAGCGGCAAGGACGAGAAGUCUCCACUUGCCUCAAAGGAAGCUUCUCGACCAGAAUCGGUUGUGGAAAGCGUCAAGGAUGAAACUGAGAAGCCAGACAGCCGUCGCGAAUCUGUUGCAGAGAGCUUAAAGGAAGGAAGCGGCAAGGACGAGAAGUCUCCAGUUGCCUCAAAGGAAGCUUCUCGACCAGAAUCGGUUGUGAAAAGCGUCAGGGACGAAGCUGACAAGCCAGAGGGCCGUCGUGAAUCUGUUGCAGAGAGCGUAAAAUUAGGAAGCGCCAAGAACGAGAAGUCUCCAUUUGCCUCAAAGGAAGCUUCUCGACCAGAAUCCGUAGCAGAGAGCGUCAAAGAUGAAACCGAGAAACCAGUAAGCCGUCGUGAAUCUAUCGCAGAGAGCGUAAAAUUAGGAAGCGCCAAGGACGAGAAGUCUCCACUUGCCUCAAAGGAAGCUUCUCGACCAGAAUCGGUUGUGGAAAGUGUCAAAGCUGACGCUGAAGUGGUAGAAACUGUAGUAGACGAGUCGAAGGAGGCAUCUAGACGGCAAUCAGCAGUUGAGAAGUCUGCAGGUUCUUCAAAGGAAGCUUCACCAAGGCCUGGAUCUGUUGCAGAAAGUAUUCCUGAUGAUCACGAAAAGGCCAAAAAGUCAUCCGUAUCGCCUAGGGAAACGGUCUCUUCGCCAAUUGAAGAAGCGCAAAAAGAGUUUCCAGAAAUCGAUCUCAUAAAAAAAGCUCACCUAACGCUAAGCCUGCAAGGGGAGGCGGCUGGCAAGCUUCCUACAGAAUCUAGCCCCGUGGACGUUGCCCAGGGCGACUUUUCACAUGUUGUUCCACCCACUUCAACGGGACCAGACGCGCUCACUCAACCGGCAGAACACUCAACAGUUUCCAUGGCAGAAACUGUCUCAUCUCCUGUUGAUGAAGCGCCGAGAUCUCCUUCUAUCGUUAAGCAUGUGUCGCCGCGACCAGAUUCUCCUGCAGAAAGUGUCAUAGGAGAGAGUGUUAAGGAAGAUAAGUCUCCCAUCCAAUCUAAGGAGCCCUCGCGUCCACCAUCUGCCUCCGGAAGUCUGAAAGAAGACUCUACGAAACCAGAAAGCUUGAUAGCGGACAAGUCAAAGGAACCGUCUCCAGUUCCUUCAAAGGAAACAUCCCGACCGGACUCGGUUGCUGGAACUGCAUCAUCUCCAAUUGAGGAGGCACCAAAGGAUCUCGCACAAUUCGAACAAGCUAAAAAAACAGUGCUGCCCUUGAUCAUUGAUUUGCAGGGAAAUGUCCAAACGGCAUCUAGUCCUGUCGACAUUGCUCAUGGAGACUUUCCUCCCGCAGCAACUAGCUCCCCAACACAACAGUCUGCCCCUCCGAAGCCCGCUGAGCUUGCUCAAGUUUGUAUAGAGAAGACUGUAUCGAGUCCUGUUGAUGAAGCCCCCAGUUCCCCUUUUUGUAAGGACUUGGAGCGGCCAGAAUCUCCUGCAGAAGACGGCAGUGAUGGGGUCAAGUCAGGGGAACUAUCACGUCGCGAAUCAACCGCAGAAACUAGUAAGCCGGAAAGUGCGAAGUUAACCUCAUCUAAGGAGUCUCGACCAGAAUCCGUUGUAGAGAGCGUCAAAGACGAUGCUGAGAAUCGCGAGAGCGUACCUGAUGACAAAUCAAAGGAGGCAUCGCGUCGUGAAUCCCAGGCUGAGAGUAAAAAGAGUAGCGCAUCUCCUACCGCUGUCUCUAAGGAAACAUCGCGACCGGACUCAGCCGUCGAUGGUGCCACGAUUUCUAGCCCCAAGCCUGAAAGUACAACAGACGACAAGUCACUAGAGGCUUCCCGGCGCGAAUCGGUAGCCGAAAGCGUUAAGCCGGAAAGUACAAAAAACGACGACAAGUCGUCUGCUCUAUCAAAGGAGGUAUCGCGACCCGCAUCGGCUACCGGAAGCGUUAAGGAUGAGAAGUCGUCCGCCGUUGCCUCAAGGGACGCGUCACGGCCAGAGUCGGCUAUAGAAACAGCUUCGUCCCCGAUCGAAGAGGGCCCAAAAUCCAUCGCUGACUUGAGUCUUGAGUUGAGCCAAACCACAACCGAAGUGAAAGGAAAGCUACCAACCCUGUCUAGUCCUGUCGAUGUAGCCGAUGGAGAUUUCUCGAAGGCCCAGCUGGAUACUUCCAGUGGAUCUAAUGCAAUCUCAAAGCCCGCUGAGCUCUCCCAUGCCGCUGCUACAGCGCACACGGCCUCAAGCCCUGUGGAUGAGGCUUCCCCACUACUGGACGCCCUCGAAGAAACCAUUGAAACAGUAGAAAAGCAUAUCACCCAAGCAGAAAGUUACCCAGGAAGCGCUCGGCUGAUUGAUUUGUUGGAUCUCAAGGACACCAAGGUGGAAGUGGAUGAGAAACUUGUGGAGCAGGCGUUGGAACAGAAGAGCGCGACCAGCGUGAAGACUAUUGAGAGCACAGUUGUGGAGACCGUUGACAAGGUUAGCAAGGAGAGCAGCCCUCAGCUGACAGAGCUACAGUCUGUGGUGGACACCGAAGUGAGUGCUGUGACCUCUUUGAUCAACGCUGCUGUCGGGACUGCUGGGGCAAUGCUCACAGAGGUCUCAGAGAAAGUCACGGAGGUCUCGAAAAAAGUCACUGACGUCUCAGAGAAGGCAAUGACCGAGCUAGGCACCAAAACUACCACAGAAGGUGUCGUCGAAGUUGAGGACGCUUCUGCCAAGGGCAGCCUAGACCUCAGUGGCUUCUCUGAGCUACGAGAGACGCACAUCACCACCGUCGGAUCGCCCGAGUUCACAGUGACCAUCUGUGAGCGCGAUGAGCCCGUCCUUCACGACAUCAAGGAAGAGGAUGAGGAGCACAGGUUCUCACCACCAACCGAAAAGACUGCGAUGCUGCCACCACAGCCCGUGCGUCCGCUGUCGCCGCGAGAGGAGGAGGUCUUCAAGAUCGUGGCUGACGUGGCAAAGGUGUUGAAGUCCGACAAGGACAUUACUGACAUCAUACCCGACUUUGAUGAGAAGGAGCUGGAGGAGAAGUUAAAGUCUGCUGAUCCCGAUGAGGAGGAGUCCGACAAAAGCCCUAAGACAGCCUCCACACCCACUAAAGAGUCCCUGGAGAUCAAUGUGAUAAAGGUGGACAUAGAAUCCGAAAAGUCCUCACCCGACCAGAAGUCCGGUCCCAUCUCCAUUGAAGAGAAAGACAAAAUCGAGCAGUCCGAAAAGGCCCAGCUGCGGGAGGGAGCAGAUAGAGCAGCCAGUAAGGACCAGAGCCGUCCAGAAUCUGCAGCCAGCCAAAAGGGAGCCACGGAAUCAAUUCCUUCACGCCCCGAGUCCGUUGCAAGUCACAAGAGCCAUGCGAAGGAGGAAGAGGUGCAGCACCAGCAGGAUCAGGAUAAGUCUCAGGUCGCAUCGAAGGAGACGUCGCGUCCUGCUUCACAGCUCAGCAGCAUAGCCGAACCAGUGGAUGAGAAGUCUCCAACUCCGGCUAGGCGUGAGAGGCACCAGAGCGACAAGGAAGAAACCAAAGAGGCAUCGCGUCCCGAAUCCGUAGCAAGUCACAUCAGCGACAAGGAAGUCAAGGCUCCCAAGGAGACCGAAUCCUCGCGUCCCCACUCUAGCAGUAGCCACAUAAGCGCCAAAGACGAGGAAACGUCGAUUAUCUCGACGACAAUCGAGACCAAGAGGGAGAAGAAGGAGGAGAAGUCCAGCGAAUCGGUGUCCGUGUCCAAGUCCAGCCAGAGGCUUCUAAAGGAGGAGUCUGCCACCCUCCAGUCCAGCGAGUCCCUCAGCAGCAGCUUGAAGGUAGAAGAUGGCUCCCGAUGCGAGUCUCUCUCCAGCCUGGUCACAGAGAAGGCGGACACCAGUACCAGCAUCAAGGAGGACAGUGAGAGCGAGAGCCUUAUCAAACUGGUGGAGAAGACAAGCUCCACAGCCUCUUCGAUGCUGGAGGAGCUGCUCAUCCAGUCCGAAGAGUGUUCCUCAGAGUCCAUUGUUAGCGAGAUCCAGACAACCAGCGCCCAGAAGACCCAGUCCAAGGCAACGAAGGAGGAGACCCACGAAAGCAGCGCAAUCAGCAGCAGCUGCACCAGAGAUGAAAGUCUCAAGGAGACCGUGGCCGAGUUUCUGGCCACGGAGAAGAUCGUCUCGGCUAAGGAAACAUUCAGUGCCGAGGCUUCCAAGACGGCGGAGGAGUGCCUGAGGAAGGCCACCACCAGCAGCACUACCUCCUCCCAGAGGACACUUUUCGUCGGCACGGAUGAGUCGAGGCGCGAGUCAGUGCUAAGCCACACAAGCGAUGGUCGCCAGACCCACAGCGAUCCAGAGGAAGAGGACAUUGACGGCGACGAAGAGGAGGAGCGGACCAGCGUGAAGGAGGGACGCUCCAAGUCCAUUGCCACCAUCAUGAUGACUAGCAUCUACAAGCCCUUCGGGGAUGUCGAGUCGAUUGACACGCUCGAGGAGCAGGAGGAGGACCACCACGAGCAACAGCACUCUAGCAAAUCUCAGGAUUUGACAACCACUAGCAAGACAACUACUCUACUGAAAUCCAGCGACCAGCAGAGCAGUAGCACCACCAGCACCCAGCAAUCUAGCACCUUCUCGAAGACUGCCUCCAAGGUAGAGUCCAUCACUUUGACGCAGAUCGACCAGGCAGAGGGGCAGAGUGACCCCGUUGACCGCAAGACGCCGCCGACGGCACCCGUUAGUCCCAGCGUAAAGCCGACGGGCUCUUCAGGAGGAGCUGUUGGGGGCAGCAGCAUCGCUUCAACCUCGGGCCCCCUAUCUCCCAAGGAUAUCAGCGGCAAAUCGAGUCCCGGCGGCCUCACCUCUGAGAGUCAAUCCAUACCCACACCGUUGGGACGGGAGUCGCACACUGAGACGCCCGAGUCGUCCCCGAAACCAACGUCGCCGUUCCCACGCGUCAGCAAGGACGAUCUAAAGCAGAUGUCCCUGGAGGCCGACCAGGGAGAUGUCGAAGCCGAUCUACCCGAUCUGCACGAGCUGCGUGGCAUCGAGUGCACCACGGCGCUGAGCGGCAGCACGGAAAAGAUCAUUACUACGACAAUCACCACGGUCACCAAGGUGAUCUCCUCGGACGGCAAGGAGAUAGUCACCGAGCAGAAGACGGUGACGACUACGGACAGCUCAGAGCCGGACAGCGAGAAGGUGGUCGUAACCACCACCCGCACCACCAGUGAGAGCGAGAAGAGCGACCGCGACCAGAUCCUGCCCAAAGAGGUGGCCCUGCUCCGGGGCGCCAGCUACCGUCCCAGCACUCCGGGUAGCGAGGACGAUGAUGAACUGCCCGGUUCGCCCAGAAGUGCCACAAGCUACGAACUGCAGCACUCGAGCUCUGGCGUGAGCAAGCGUUCCGACAUGGAUGCCGACGACAGCCAGGAUGACAUUCCGCCGCAAUACGGCAGCGAGGAGCAUUCGACGGCCCGCUCGAUUCUUCUGCCGCGUACGGCCGAUCCCAUGGCCACCUCGUUCUAUGGUGCGCUGCCAGACACCUUCGAUGUGAAGCCCAGCAGCACCGAGCCGAUACCCAUCCAGGGAGCAGCCUCUGGGGCGCCAGGCGAUAGCCAAUCGUCGGACAGUGUGGAGAGCAGCAGCCAGACCUGGGCAGGACACAAAUUCCUCGACCAGGCGGACAAAGACUUCCAGAAGGCGCUCGAGGAGCAUGUGCAGGCGCGCGGCGCCGAGGUAAUGUCUUCCGUCACCGCCAAGUACUCCUACUCUCCGUCAAAGGCCGACGAGGUCGAACAGAUUGUCACUAGCACCGCCGAACGCCAGCGGUUUCCACUCAGCGAUGUCCAGCGAUUGCGUAUCGCCGAGAGCAGCUUCAGCUCAGUGGGAGACAGUCAGACUAAAACCACAGCCACAACCACAGAAAAAGCAUCACAGGAAAAGAAGGAGGGAGAUGGAGAAGCCGAAACCACAUCUACAAUCACAACCACGACCACAAUGAACAGCAGCAGCACCAGUGGCGGCUCUGGAACCCUGCCCAAGGAUCCCAAGGAUCGCCUGGAAGAGUGGGGCAAGCCACUGGGACUACCCUCACCAGCACCACUGCCCGUCGAGGGCGGCUCCGAUAUCCGCACCACACCCAAAAAGGAGCGUCGUCUGGUCGCCACCAAGACGCGCCUUAACAACGAGAAGAACCUCCGCAAGCGCAGCGAAUCGCCGAACAAGGUCAGCAAGAAGCCGGCCCCAGUUUACGUGGAUCUAACCUAUGUCCCCCACAACGGCAACUCAUACUACGCCCACGUGGAAUUCUUUAAGCGCGUCCGUGCACGCUACUAUGUCUUCUCGGGCACUGAGCCCAGCCGUCAGGUUUACGACGCCCUUUUGGAGGCAAAACAGACCUGGGAAGACAAAGAGCUGGAGGUGACCAUCAUCCCCACAUACGACACCGAUGUGCUUGGCUACUGGGUGGCUGAGAACGAGGAGCUGCUGGCCAAGCAUCGCAUUGAUCUCUCGCCAUCCGCUUCCCGCUGCACAAUCAAUUUGCAGGAUCAUGAGACCUCGUGCUCUGCCUAUCGCCUGGAGUUCUAGGCCACGGGCUUAUUUAUUGCAUUCGACGAUGACUAAAACAGAAACCAAUAAACCAACUAACCAACCACAAAUCACUUUUCAAACACUCUGAACACUGACGGAGGAUCGUAGCCCUUGUAUUCCCUAAAUAUUUAAUGAUAAUGCGGGGGAUCGGGAUCGGACUUCUGAUAGCAGACAUACUUGGACACAGGACAUGACAAGGACGACACACCAGAAUCAGAACCAGAACAACGAAUAGCAACGGAUAAAAAACUAAAACACACUCGAAUGCAAUAUGGCAAGUUUCGUGCGCAAGGGAACCGGUAACCGGAAAUAAGUAGCAGGAGCUAAUAUGGCGGAGUAACGGGUCACAUGCAUGACGCCAUUUUGUUUGCCAAUGCCGUCUAUUAAGCUUUUGCCGAAACAUAUUUCAACCCCAAAGACAACAAAAUAAAGCUAAGUAAUUAAUUGAUAUAUAUUUUGAAAAAAUUAAUUACAAACAAAAAUAAUAAAUCAAUCAAGCACCAAUUGCGCAACGUAAGCAGAGAUCCAUAAGAUCCAAUAAAGAACUACUCAUAAGACGAGAAAUUCGAAUGAUGAAUGAUGAUUAUUUGUUGCUUAUUCAUUGUAUAACGUCGAGCUACCUUGCCUAGUAAUCCAAAGAUCAAAAUAGUUUUCAAAACCGCAUAGUAAAAAUAUACAAAAAAAAAAAGAAAACAAACAACAGAAAAGAAAAGAAAAAAAUAAAUAAAAAAAGAAAGAAAAGAACAGAAAAAAAAAAAAAAAACGUAAAAUCUCUAUAUUAAAAAAAAGAUAUUCAUGUUUAUUGUAUUAGUCGAAACUUUUACGAAUUCCCGAAAAAUAUAGCAGCCCCAUUAUGCAGGUAUUAUGAAUUUUAAAGCAAGGUGAAUAAUGAAACUAUAAAUGUACUUGUAUAACCCAUUAAAUGACAAAAAGAAUGAGAAAGAGCUACUAUAUAGCAUUAAUCUAAUAUUGUAAGAGCGAUUGCCGAUAUACUACGAAGCACAUGCUGAAAGGAAGGGUAUCCAAUACGAACGAAUACGAAUAUCUAAUCAAACGCUUUGGGAUAGCAAGCGAUUACCCUCUCAAACCCUCAAAACUGAUCCGAGAUCUGAGAUCCUUUGUCCUUGCUGAAUGUGCCUCCCCCAGGAAAAAUGCAGAGAUACUCCAACUCCAAAAUCUAAAAUCCGAAGUAAUUGCUGUAGUCAAUUUUCACUUCUAUCGUUUUCCUUCGGUAUCUUUUCUGUUUUCGUUUAUUAUUUUAUUUAAGGCAACCGCAGAAAGACUUAUAAUCCAACAAGCUAUAGCUAAGCGAUAUACGUACACUUCGAUAUAGUAGAGGGAGGGAAACUGAAGUGCAGAAACUAGAGUCUGGAAUGAUCGGGGAUCGGGAAUGGGAUUGGGGACAGAGUCUGAAUGUUUUAGCUAGGAAACUGAAAAUCUUGAAUAGAUGUUUAAAGAUGGAAAAGGGAAAGGAAAAUGAUUCGAUUGCUGAUCAUGGUGAUGGUGAUAAACGUUGACAAAAGACGGAAGACGAUAAUGUUAAUGCUGAUGUUACUAUAUAGGGACUACGAAGGAAUGAUUCAUUGACUGGUAUUGAGAAUUGGGAGCGUCAGAGUGUGAGACUAAGAACUUGAACUGGAAAAGGGCUUGUGAUUGGGGUGGGUUGGGUUUAGAUUUGUGGUCGAAUGAUGAGACAGAUACUGUGAAAGGGAUAAAAGAGCAGAUGAAAAGACGAAAAGAUGAUGACAUGAUCAAAGAAAACUAAAUACGAAUAAAUAAUAUGAAGUACACAAAGUGAAUGAAGGUUAUUUUUCUAUAUUUUUUUUACUUUUUCAUAGUCAUAGAAUAACAAAUUUGCAAACAAAACAAAGUAAUAUUGCAAUGCAAGCAAAAAUAAACAAACAAACAGAUAAACAAACAAGGCACACUACUGGCAAAUUUUAAUCAAUUUAUGUAACCACAGAAGUAAGCAAUUUGAGGCCACAGCAGUAAACACAGUCCAAGGAACAAAGAACAUUAAGACAAAUUAAAGUAACUUAAAAUUAAAUACUCCAUUACUGAAGAAAGACAUUUAGCUUGAACCAAACAAUUGAAAUUGAAUAUUGAUAUUGAUACGAUAUAAUAAUAUCUGACGACAGGCAGACUUUUGGGCUAUAUGCGUCGUAUAUUUUUGCGUUGCUUCUUAUACAGAAAAAAGCUACAGAUACAGUAGCUACAGAUCCGAUAACUUCAAGAAGAGAUGCAUCAGUGCAACAGAGUCAACAAACAAACAAACAACAGUCAACUGGCAACCGUCCAGUCUACAAACGUUUGAUAAGGAACAAAAACAAAGCAAAAUUUAAGUGAGAAAAUUAUACACACAAUCGUAGAGCUAAGGAGAUGAGAAGGAGGCGCAGACAGACACAAGGCUUACAGGAGGAGCGUCCUUCUACCAGCAGAUAGAUACGAUUUCGAGCGUUUAUCCGACAUAUUCCCUGAGUUCCGUAUUUAGCCGCUUCGAGGAUUUUAAAUUUAAAGUGUAACCACGACAAACAAAAAAACAACAAAAAAAUGAGUAAAAGGAGUAAGAGUAGACGAUUUAUUAAUAAUUUUUUCCAAAAAUUCGUGCGCUAAGCGAAACAAAACCAAAAAAAUAGGGAAAUUAAAGAAAACCCCAAAGUAAAAAAGCUAAAAAUUGAUCAAAAAACAAAAAAAAUACAGAUACUCACACAUGAUAUUUAAAAUGCAUAUAUGCAUAGACAUGAACUAUAUACAACACUAUAUAUAUAAUAUAUAUACAUACAUAUAUAUACAUAUAUAAUUGAGCGUAUUUGAUGUUUUUGCUUGAACAAAUUAUAUGGAAACUCUUCUCAAAAGCCAGAAGACAUUUUUUGCCUUUCACUAAACGAAUUUCCCCAAAACCAAAAACAAAAAUGAACACAAUUAAAAGACAUAUGUACUCGUCUGUGAGUGUUGUUAAACUUACGGGAACUUACGUAUUGUAUUUUCCCAUCCCCGCCCCCUCUAAUUGUUUGCGAUUUGUUUGGUAGAAUCCGAUAAGAUCAGAUAUAUACGCAGACGCGCGCACUUUGCACCCCAUUGUAUCCCCCCAUUGCCUUAUAUCCAAAGAGAGAACAAACAGAACAGAACACAGAGAUUUGUAUCUGAAUCAUAUACGUUAUACCUUAUACUACAUACAGACAUAUACUCGUAUUGUAAAUGUAAGAACCCCAAUGUGUAUCGCAUAUAUGAUAUGAUAUGAUAUGUACUCGUCGUAUGACCUAACACGGGAGUUUGUUUGUUGAAUUUGCUUUUACUUUUUAGCAGCUUCGAUUUAAAUCAAAUAUACAUACUAAAUAUACACAGACACACACCCAUACAUAGGUCUACACACACACACACACACAUACAUGCAUUGCUUAAGUGUGCGUGCGUGCGUGUUUGCGUGUGUAGAAUUAUGUAUAAGACCUCUAUAUAAUCAUUAUACUACGAGUAGUAAAAGCGAAAAAGGGCAUGCAGGAAAAGCAGAACAGCAAAGCAGUACUUCCCGUAUACUCAAAUGUAUAGCUUUAUCUAAAGCUAUAUAACCAGAUGCUGCUGAAAAAGAGAGAGCGAUGGAGAGAGAGAGAGAAAACAAGAGAAGAGUAGAGAUGGCAGCAGGAACGAGUCUAAGGCAUAAAGUCAGAGGAGAGCUGAAGAAGAAUGAGAAAAGAGCAAGCACAAAAGUGGAUUCGAUUCAUGGGUGGAGAGGUUAGCCAGAAAAAAAAACAAACAAAUCGAUAUAUAUAUAUAUUAAUAUAUGUAUUGUAUAUGUAUUACAUUUUAUGAACGUCAAAGUAAUGCUUACUCCAGAA